GUAAAGAUGUUUCGUUUUUUCUAUUUUUACUCCUAAAAACCCCCCUCCAUUUUAGCUGUCCGCAACUCCCAUUUCAAACACAACUAAAACCCUGCUCCUUCUCUCUCUCUCCUCUCUUUCCUCUCUCUUUCAGAAGAGGAAAAAAACCCUAGCUUUGCACUAACGGACGGCAAUGGAAGCACCGGAAUUCUUACAUGGAAGCUUCUGCCGUGCCGGAAACCCUCAAUACGCGCCUGAGAAGCGACACGGCGACUCGAAAUCCGGCGACCAUUUCAUUAUCGAGGACCUCCUCGACUUCUCGAACGAGGACGACGACGUCGCCGCGGCGGGCGGCGACGACGGAGCCCGCGACACCGCUGCCGGAAAUUCCACAGACUCCUCUUCCACCAUUACCGUCGUCGACAGCUGCAACUCCUCGCUCUCAGUCUCCGACAAGCAUUUCUCCGGCGAUAUUGGCUGCCGGAGCUACGCCGACGCUAAUUUUUCGAGCGACCUCUGCGUCCCGUAUGACGAAUUGGUGGAGCUCGAAUGGCUGUCGAAUUUCGUUGAAGAAUCCUUUUCGAGCGAAGAUUUUCAGAAAUUACAGCUAAUUUCGGGUGUGAAAUCCGGCAGCAAUGACUCGUCAGAGACCAGAGAAUUCCCAGAGAACAACGGCCGGAACAACCCGAUAUUCCGGCCGGAGGUGUCAGUUCCCGGCAAAGCACGGAGCAAGCGGUCCCGUGCCGCGCCCUGCAACUGGUCUUCGCGUCUGCUCAUCCUCUCGCCAACAGCAUCCUCGUCAGAUUCCGACGCAUCGUUGAAUUCCGGAAAGAAAUCAGGAAAAUCGACAUCGAAAAAGGAGGUUUCUACGGCUGCUGCUAUCAAUGGCGGCAACAGCGACGGACGGAAGUGCCUGCAUUGCGCGACGGAUAAGACGCCGCAGUGGCGGACAGGCCCAUUGGGGCCUAAAACACUGUGCAAUGCAUGCGGGGUCCGGUAUAAGUCGGGACGGCUCGUGCCGGAGUACCGGCCAGCUGCGAGCCCAACCUUCAUGCUGACAAAGCAUUCGAAUUCUCAUCGGAAAGUUCUUGAGCUGCGGCGACAGAAGGAAAUGCAGCAACAGCAGCAGCAGCAGUAUCUGCAUCCAAAUGCUGUUUUCGAAAUCGUCGGCGGAGAUGAGUAUUUGAUCCACCGCAGCGGGACAGAUUUCCGGCAGCUAAUAUGAUUAGGGUUUGGAGUGGAAAAGAGGAAAUUUUUCGGAGAAAAUUCGAGCUUUAGGUUGCGAAUUUUAGAAAAUCUGAACUUUUUUAUGUGAGUUUUAGCUGCUAACAUCUUUGCUUAAUUAGUUUUUUUUUUUUAU